CCCUGCUGCUUCCAUAUAAACCUGUUGUCGGCCAGGUCUUGUGACUUCACAGUUCUGUUGUCAACAUGGCCGGCCAGGUGGGAGUUACCUUCAUCUUGCUGGUUCUCGGUUCCUGCUGGGGGCUUCAGAACAACGACGUCGACAAGGAGCCCCAGCUCGUUUUUCAGCCCUCUAAACACGGCUCCUUGUGGCCUCUGCCGCAGAAAGUACAGAUCUCGGAGGUUUCCUUCAAACUAAGCUCCUCCAGCUUCAGAAUCAUUGAUGCCAAAGAGUCCAGGGCCGGUGCGAGCUGCAGCCUCCUGCAGCUGGCCUACAGGAGGUACUAUGAAUACUUGUUUGGGGGUGUUAAAAAGCAGAAGGUGAAUAAAAGCGUGAGAACGGACCCCACGGAGCUGCCGGAACUGCAGGUGUGGAUCACAUCACCUGACUCGGAGUGUGACGGUUACCCCACUGUGUCAUCUGAUGAGUCAUAUGAGCUGUCUGUGGAUCAGCCGUUCGCUGUCCUGAAAGCACCCAAGGUCUGGGGAGCCCUGCAUGGUCUGGAAACUUUCAGUCAGUUGGUCUAUGAGGACGAGUAUGGCGCUAAAAGCAUCAAUUCUUCAGCAAUCAGUGACUUCCCAAGAUUUGCUCACCGAGGCGUCUUGCUCGACACGUCACGACAUUUCCUUCCAAUUAAAGUCCUCCUGGCUAAUUUGGAAACCAUGGCGAUGAAUAAAUUCAAUGUCUUCCACUGGCACAUUGUCGAUGAUCCAUCUUUUCCUUACCUGAGCCAGACGUUCCCAGAGCUGAGUCAAAAGGGCGCCUACCACCCAUACACCCAUGUGUACACGCCAGCAGAUGUGAAAAUGGUGAUUGAGUUUGCUCGCCUCAGAGGCAUUCGGGUCGUCUCAGAGUUUGACACCCCAGGGCACACCCAGUCUUGGGGUAAAGGCCAACCUGACCUCCUCACGCCUUGCUACGCUGGCUCCAAGCCCUCCGGCACCUUCGGCCCGGUGAACCCCAUCCUGAACUCCACAUAUGACUUCAUGGGGCAGUUCUUCAAAGAGAUUAGCACUGUGUUCCCCGACGCCUACGUUCACCUGGGAGGCGACGAGGUGGACUUCACGUGCUGGAAGUCCAACCCAGACAUUCAGAGGUUCAUGGAGCAGCAAGGCUUUGGACAGGACUACAGCAAAUUAGAAUCCUUCUACAUCCAAAAACUUCUGGAUAUUGUCACCACUACCAAUAAAGGCUACAUCAUCUGGCAGGAAGUCUUUGACAAUGGAGUUAAGCUGAAACCAGACACACUAAUCCACGUUUGGAAAGGAAACCAGGAGAAAUACCAGAAUGAGAUGGCAAAUAUUACAUCGGCAGGGUACAAGACCCUGCUGUCCUCUCCCUGGUAUCUGAACCGUAUCUCCUACGGCCAGGACUGGCAGGGCCAUUACAAAGCCGACCCGCAAGAUUUUAAGGGAACUGAAGAGCAAAAGAAGCUUGUGAUUGGUGGAGAGGCCUGUCUUUGGGGAGAAUACGUGGAUGCUACGAAUUUGACACCAAGACUCUGGCCUCGAGCCAGUGCUGUAGCAGAGCGGCUGUGGAGCGCUAAAGAGGUCACAGACAUAGGCGACGCCUACAGCAGACUUUCUAUUCACCGCUGUCGUUUGGUUGUGCGUGGAAUACCAGCUGAGCCGCUGUCUCCCAGCUUUUGUCCACAUGAAUACAAAGGUAUAUGAGCCCUUCUGAAACGCUAGUCUGGGAACAGAGAAGGGAAGCGUAUCUACACAUUUAUCAACCUUAAUGGUUGGUUUGUAAACUAGGGAAUCAAAUGUGAAGCGUCCUCCUCAGAGCUGUCACUAUACUUAAUAAUUCUGAUUCACAAAUCAUUUAUGUUGAUGUGAUUGAUUUUCUACAUGCCAUUUGAUGGUGAAAUUGUUUGUAAAAAAAAAUCAAAUAAAAUGCUGAUAUUGUAA